AUGGCGCUCAUAGGUCCAAAGCUCUCAGUUGUAUUGCUCCUUCUCAGUGUAUGGGGCAUACUCAUGCUUCUUCUUAUAGGUGUUUUUGCUCGUGUAAAUGCAGUCGCCUUCUCUGAAGAUAUACCAUUGAAUGAAACAGCCUGGGCAGCUAGUGGAUAUGCUCCAUUGCAUGUAGAAGAAGCCUAUGUCCUAGUGUCGAAUAACUGCUUUAUCGCCGCUGGCAUAUAUGUUGUCCUACUGGUUUUCUCCGGCGUUCAAUAUUAUUUCAACAAACGUGCCAAUUAUUUAGUUCAUUGA